CUUAUAUUAACAAAUUUAAAAGCUUUGUAAAAUACAAAUUAUUAGCUAAUACUUCUUUGUAAUUAAGUUCUUAGCGCCAUAGUCCGGACAACGGUGAAAUGUUGAAUCUGCACCGAACCCUCAUAGUACCGCUAAAUCCCAUUUCUCCCACCCUCAGUCACUUCGCCACUCUUCCGCCGCCGUCACAGAUACCACCGGACCCCGUCGUAAUCUCCAACCUCAUACUUCAAUCCAGCCCAGAAUCAUUAUCAGAUACCCUUCACACCCUCACGCAAUGGACACCGGACCUCGUCCAAGCUGUACUAAAGCGUCUAUGGAACCACGGCCCGAAAGCCCUCCAUUUUUUCAACCUCCUCGAUCACCACCGUUCAUAUACUCACUCUGCCACAGCCUUCGAUCACGCCAUUGACAUCGCUGCUCGGAUGCGCGAUUACAAGACCCAGUGGAAACUUGUGGCCCGAAUGCAAUCUCGGCGGCUCGGCCCGAACCCGAAGACAUUCGCUAUCAUCACUGAGAGGUACGUCUCCGCUGGGAAAGCUGAUAAAGCUGUGAAUGUUUUCCUGUCUAUGCAUAAACAUGGUUGCCCUCAAGAUUUGAAUUCUUUCAAUGCAUUUCUCGACGUGCUUUGCAAAUCAAAACGGGCCGAGAUGGCUCUUAAGUUGUUCAAGAUGUUCAGGAGCAGGUUUAAAGCUGAUACAAUUAGUUAUAAUACACUUGCGAAUGGGUUUUGUUUAGUUAAGAGGACACCCAAAGCACAAGAAAUUUUGAAAGAAAUGGUGGAGAGAGGUCUGAAUCCAACCAUAACUACAUAUAAUAUAAUGCUUAAUGGGUUCUUUAGAGCAGGGCAGAUUAAGGAAGCUUGGGAAUUCUUUUUGCAGAUGAAGAAAAGGAAAUGUGAUAUUGAUGUUGUGACUUACACUACUAUAGUUCACGGGUUUGGUGUUGCGGGUGAGGUUGAGAAGGCUCAAAAGUUGUUCAAUGAGAUGGUGGGGGCUGGUAUACUUCCCUCUGUUGCAACUUAUAAUGCUCUGAUACAAGUUAUGUGUAAGAAAGAUAGUGUGGAAAAUGCUAUUUUAAUUUUCAAUGAGAUGUUGAGGAAAGGUUAUUUGCCGAAUGCCACAACUUAUAAUGCCAUUAUAAGGGGAUUGUGCCAUGUCGGAAAAAUGGACAAUGCUAUGGAGUAUAUGGAUAAGAUGAACGAGGAUGGGUGUGAACCAAAUGUUCAGACUUAUAAUGUUGUCAUCCGAUACUAUUGUGAUGAAGGGGAAAUUGAGAAGAGCCUGAGGGUGUUUGAGAGGAUGAGUACCGGGGAUUGUUUACCUAAUUUGGAUACAUACAAUAUCUUGAUAAGUGCAAUGUUUGUGAGGAAAAAAUCAGAUGAUUUAUUAGUGGCUGGGAAAUUAUUGACAGAAAUGGUUGACAGAGGGUUUCUUCCUCGAAAAUUUACCUUCAACCGGGUCCUAAAUGGUCUUUUGCUAACUGGCAAUCAAGAUUUUGCGAAGGAGAUUUUGAGGUUAGUAAGCAAAUCUGGCCGCCUCCCCUGUCAUUUUAAAUUGUGAGCACAACAGCAUAGGUAUGAUACCAAACUAAGUGCCCUUUUGAAGCCUAAUGAAACAGUAAAGCUCUAAAUCUGAGAUGGGUUUGUCACGUGCCAUGGACGGGCAUGAUGAAUGUGAAGAGUUUGAGAUGAAAAUGACUUAAAAAGCAUGCCAUUAUCUUAAUGCAGCAGCUCAAGAGCAUGUUUGUUGCGUCUCGUGAAAGUCAAUCUUGGAGUGUGGUAAGAUGUGGAUAAGUAUGAUGAAUCUGAAGAAUUUGAGAUGAAAAUAUAUGAUGCUCGGACUCUCCAAAAAUAUUGCUGCACCCGUGGUAGAUCCUCCAAAAAUGCACAACUUUGGAAGGAUCUGACAUGCACCUGUCGGCAUUUUUAAAGAGUCCGAGCUUCAUAGAUGAAAAUGACUUAAAAAGCACACCAUUAUCUUUAUACAGCAACUCACGAGCACAGAGACUUGACAUUGAUAAGGGCUUGUGUUAUUUAGCAGGGUACUCUGACUGUGGCCCAUGACUUGAAGGAGGUGCAUCUCAAAGUGUUCCCAUUUUCACUUGUAUUGGAUAAAUUCAUUACUUCUUGUUAUUGAUAUAUCCACCACAGAGAAAGGGCAGUGACAUCCAGAUAAAAUCACAUACCUGUAUACAGGAUAGCUGCCUUUUAGUUUCAGCUUGUCGUGAAGUACACAGUUUAUGCAUAAGUGGAUUGCUGUGCUUGGAUCAGAGACAGGCAGUUCUCUUUUCCUGUGAUCAUUACUUUCAACAACCAAAAGCUGUAGGAUAUAUAGCGACUCAUUAGAACGUUUGAAUUGCCAAUCUUUGGCAUUUUUGUGAAACACGAAGAGCACUUAAAACUCCUGAUGUUUAUGCAAUGUGUGUAGGAUAGAUGAGAUCUAUUUUCCCAUCUAACCUCAACUAAUGCUUCAGGCUUCAGCAUCAUUAUAAAAGACUAGAAACGCUACAUGAUUACAUACUCAAAGCGAACAGGUUCUCCUAAUAUAUUAGCUCCGCCACUACAUUUACUACAGCCCUUACAAACAUGGUAUAAGAGAAUGCAGAUUAAUAGAUUUUUGAUCUAAUUUUAUUCAGUUCUAUUCGGAGUAGUUCUUUUAAUCUGAUACCUGUUGGACUUAUUUUGCAAUUUUUUUUAGCUGAGUGUUUCUAACCAACCUGUCUGUAAAAUGUAAACUUGCAGUGAUGGGAUAGUAGCACCAUAUCCUAGUAGACAAUAGGCUGAUGUGGUUCCUUCUUUUUCUUAAAACUGUGUACUUUACAACCAACACAAACUCAUCAAUUCGUAAGCUAGCAAAUAGAAAUCUUCUAUUUACUUUAUACUAAAACCCAUUUUCUGAUUCCGAAUUUCACUUUCAAUGGCACCAAAAGCAGAGAAAAAGCUAGCAGAGCAGAAACCAGCAGCAACAGAGGAGAAAGAAGCUGAAAUAGCAUCAGCAGGCAAGAAGCCAAAGGUAGGGAAGAAGUUACCAAAGAAAGCAGGUGCAGCGGGUGCUGACAAGAAGAAGACUCUGCUAGAGGCCACUGGCUGGGAAAUUAUCGACAGAGAAUUUCGUCCUCGAAGAUUUACCUUUAGCCGGUUCCUAAAUGGCCUCUAUUAACUGGUAAUCAAGAUUUUGCUAGAGAAAUUUAGAGACGUGGAGUUGCAAAUUAUGCAAAUUGAGGUGCACAAUUUCAUUCAACGAUCUCAAAAGUGUUCCCAUUUUUGCUUCUACCAGAUAUCUCUACUUGUUAUAUAUUGAUAUAUACGCAAGUCGCAACACAAUAAGGACAAUGACAUCCAACUAAAACAAAAUCCGUGUAUAUUUGAAGUU